CCAUUUAAAAAGGUAAAACAAAAAAAUUUCUAUAAUGCCACUAAUCUCAUCCAUUUGAUAAAAAAUUUCCUCGUAAAUUUCAUAUUUUUAUUUAAAAAAAAGAGUAAAAAUCCGACCCGGUAAGCCGAAAUGGCAGCAUAUAGAGCGGAUGACGACUACGAUUAUUUGUUUAAGGUGGUGUUGAUCGGAGAUUCGGGUGUCGGGAAAUCGAAUUUGUUGUCGAGGUUUACCAGAAACGAAUUUAGCCUUGAAUCAAAAUCCACAAUCGGAGUCGAAUUUGCCACCCGAAGUAUUCGGGUCGAGGAUAAAAUCGUUAAGGCCCAGAUUUGGGACACCGCUGGACAAGAAAGGUACCGGGCGAUUACAAGUGCAUAUUACCGAGGAGCUGUUGGUGCAUUGCUCAUCUAUGAUGUUACUCGUCACGUCACGUUUGAGAAUGUCCAAAGAUGGCUAAAGGAGCUUCGAGAUCAUACAGACUCUAGUAUCGUGAUUAUGCUCGUUGGUAACAAGGCGGACCUGCAACACUUGUUUGCUGUUUCCACUGAUGAUGCUAAGGACUUUGCCGAGAGAGAACACACCUUCUUUAUGAAGACAUCUGCCCUUGAUUCUACGAACGUUGAGGAUGCAUUCACUGAAGUACUAACUCAAAUAUAUCAUGUGGUCAGUCGAAAAGCACUCGAAGGAGGGGAUGAUUGUAGAGUAUUGCCAAAGGGACAAACCAUCAAUGUUGGUGGAUCGAGGGAUGAUGUCUCAGCCGUCAAGAAAGACGGCUGCUGUACUUGAUAUGUCAUUUCAUUAGGUAUAAGACUUUCCUCACUACCUUGUGAUCCUUGAGCUUCCUCGAGAAUCGACGUCGUAGUUGAAGAAAAUUGUCUCCCCGGAUAUCCUUCGUUCAAUUGAUCUCUGCUAGUUUUUCAUGAUUCUUUAGGGUGUUCAUCUUCCUUUUGUAAUGUUCCAUUUCACAGCUUUGAUAGUUUUUGUUGUACUCGAUUUCUUUACAACACAUAGUUUGUUCAGACAGGUAUAGU